UUACGUAUUCUUUAUUGAUUCUUAUAUCUUCUCUCUGAGUGCGAGACCACGCCAAGUUGACAUCGAGCCCAUGGACCAACCACUCCUCCACGCCCUUCUCCUCCUCGCCGCGCUGCCCCUCCUACCGGCUGCCGGCGCCCUCGCCCCCCCCGGCGUCUGCGUCGUCGGCAGCGGCAUCGGUGGCGCCUCGGUCGCGUAUUUCCUCAAACAGUAUACAUGCGUCGAAAAAGGCGGCCUUUGCCUCGACGACAUUAGGAUCUUCGAGCGGCGGGGCCGGGUAGGGGGACGUAUGGCCACGGUCACCAUCGGCGGGGAUACUUUCGAGGCCGGCGCCUCCAUAAUCCACCCCAAGAACCUCCACGCCCGCCGCUUCGCCUCCCUCCUCGGCCUCAACCAGAAGACCAAGGCCUCCAAGCUCGAUCCCAAAGCCAACGCCUCCUCCUCCUCCUCUUCGCCCGAUUCCUCUUGGUUUGGCGUGUGGGACGGCGAGCACUUCGUGUUCAAGACCCUCCCGCCUCCCUCCAGCUCCAGCUCGACAAUCUACCGCAAGAUCCACGAGCUUCUCAACUCGCUCCUCCUCUUCCGCCGCUAUGGCUUCUCUCUCCUCCGGAUGGAACGCUUCGUCAAGACAACGGUGGAAAGGUUCUUGCUUUACUACCAAGGCUUCGAGUCUCGUCCUGUUUUCGAGACGGUGGAAGACAUGCUCAAGUGGUCGAAUUUGUAUGGGCUUACUCGCCGGACUUUACAGGUGGAAUUGGCUGAUGCCGGGCUAUCUCCCCUGCUGAUAUCAGAACUUGUGACGGUAAUAACAAGAAUUAACUAUGGUCAGAAUGUGAGCAUCAGUGGAUUAGCUGGGGCUGUUUCCUUAGCUGGUUCUGAUUCAGGAUUGUGGUCAGUUGAUGGCGGCAAUUGGCAACUUGCUGCAGGGCUGGUUAAAUAUACCAAUGCCACAUUGUAUCUACAUGAAGAGAUAGAUUCAGUCUCCUAUUCUGGAAGCUAUUAUGUUCUCAAUUCUACAAAGGGAAAUUCUUACAAUUGCGAGGCCACAGUUAUUGCUACACCACUUGAUGAACUGAACAUCACCUUUGACCCUCCAGUUUUGGUUCCCAAUAGAAGGUUGCAACAUACAUUCACAACAUUCGUCCGAGGCCUCUUAAACCCUAACUAUUUUGGAGUGAAUUCUGCAUCAGAAAUUCCAAGCCUUGUUGGCACAGUUGAGCUUCCUGAUAUUCCAUUCUCCAGUAUUUCUGUUCUCAAGAAAUACAGUGAAGAAGACAUGACUUACAAAGUAUUCUCUCGUGCACCACUGGAAGAUGUUUUAUUGGAUCAAAUAUUCAGUACAAGGAAGGAAGUUAUCCGAAUAAAUUGGCCUGCUUAUCCUCAUUACGAAGCUCCAGAGGUUUUUGCACCAAUACUUUUGGAUGGGAUACACUUAUACUACAUAAAUUCCUUUGAGAGUGCUGCGAGUACUAUUGAGACCAGUGCUGUUGCAGCAGAGAAUGUUGCCCGGCUUAUCAUCUCAAGAUUUUCUGGAUUAUCAUCAACCACUCCAAGCAUAAGUUCUAUUUCUGAUCAAGAUAAUCUUCAUUUUGAUCUAUGAGGCACAGUGAAGUAUUUAUGCACACAAAAUAGAUUAUUGGCACAAUGGCACCAUUGAUUUGGAGGUGAGAGGUUUGCCAUCAGUUUCUUAGAUAUGGUGUUUCUUUGUAAAUUCAUCAUCUUGCUAUAUUUGGUACUAAACUAUGCAGCUAAGAACGUUGUUUUGCUGUACCAUACAGUGUAUAAAUGGUUGUAUUAAAGUUCUACGAGCAUUGGCAUAUGUACUGGUUUUACAUAGUAACAUCCUUUGUAAUCUUUGCAUGGAUACCAAAGAGAUGUUAGAUUGAUGCAUGAUGAGUCGAAACUUUUUCGUAUUAGAAGGAUAUCUACCAAGAUUUUCACAU